UAUUCCAUUGCAGAGAAAGCGGACGGCCUUAGUAACAUAUUCUUUUGGAAGUCUGGCUGUGAAGACAGAAAAGGCGAGACUUGAGGAUAACUUAAAGCUCAAGGGGAUAAUCAGAUUCAGAAUCCGUAUCCUCGAGUGGGAGCAAUUUGCUGAAGGCUCUCUGGAGACCCUGUGGGUCCUUCUUAUGAUUGUUCUUCUAGCUCUAACUGUGAAGGGGGAGGGGGCGGCGGAGAAAACGACCCCCGCCCUUCUCUAAACUGGAAACAAGAAAAUCCCCAUUCAGUAAAAGGCAAAACAAAACAGCGUUUGGUCCGAAAGCCUUCUUUCUUUAAAAAUCCUGGCAUGCAAAUAAGGGGCUUUAAUGUGGCUCCCAGCGAUUGGUAGGUACUUACGAAAUCCGUCAUUUCCUCGUAGUGCAGGAUUCAAACGAAGAGGCUGCUUUCCGCCUUCCUAUUGGCUGUUUCACUGGGCUACUUCCCUUUACCCCUCCCGGUAGCUCUUAUAAAUUACACCAAAUUGGUUAUCCUUUCCACUUCCUUCUCCUUGAAUAAGAAGCUGUAACUGCAAUUUGGCCGUAAUGUCAGGACGCGGAAAGCAGGGAGGCAAAGCUCGCGCCAAGGCCAAAUCACGGUCGUCUCGCGCCGGCCUGCAGUUCCCGGUGGGCCGAGUGCACCGGCUGCUGCGCAAGGGCAACUACGCCGAGCGGGUGGGGGCCGGCGCGCCGGUGUACCUGGCCGCGGUGCUGGAGUAUCUGACGGCGGAGAUCCUGGAGCUGGCGGGGAACGCGGCCCGAGACAACAAGAAGACGCGCAUCAUCCCUCGCCAUUUGCAGCUAGCCGUGAGAAAUGACGAAGAGCUCAACAAGUUACUUGGGGGUGUCACCAUUGCGCAGGGCGGCGUCCUGCCCAAUAUCCAGGCAGUUUUGUUGCCCAAGAAAACGGAGAGUCACAAGCCUGGCAAGAACAAAUAA